AUGGCAGCAGCAGAUUUGCCCACUAGUACACACAAAAUGGCCGUGAAAGCUGUCGAUAGCCAGCCUAGUGGCAACCAGCCGAUGAAGGCUGAAGUCACUAGCAACGACUUCGAACCAAGAUCAGCGCCGAUCAAAUCGGUCGGGGACUUACCUAAAAAAAGGACUACAUUCAAAAUCUUGGGUGUCACCAAGAAUGCUCCUCGUAGUGGUAGUAACGAUCCCCUCAAUGAUGAUGGGGACAGCCUGGAUGAUUUGGACGAAAGCCAUACGGAAGAAAUAAGUUCGGACAUCCUUGACAGUUCCAAGAACACAGACGGGGACCAAGAUACGCCGUCGGAGGACACUACCCACAACUUGACCCCGGACGAAAUUGUUGUAAAGGAGAAAACUGACAUCCAUUCUAGAUUCAAAGUGGUCAAGAUAGAAACAAAAGAACCAUUUCGCCGGGGACGGUGGAUAUGUUAUGAUUUUCUCGAUACCCCGGCCAACAACAAUGCCGACAGGAAUGAGAUUAGGUUUCUAGUCGAUUCGGCUUCGGGUAAUUCAAGUACUACAAGUUCUGUGAAUUUUAUUUUUGGAGUCGACGAUCCGUCUAAAAAUCCGUUUCUCACCCAUCUUCUACCGUCGGUCGAUGGUAGUGGCGGCCCUGCACCCCCUGUCAGUGUUGUGACGGUAGUCCCUACUCUUCCGUCUUGCGGUAUUCAUUUACCAACCAAUUCCGAGACCUUUAAACCCAUCCAGCCGCCUUCUCAGCCUAGUCAGAACUCUGGCCAAACUAUGAGGACAGAAGGAGUUAGUGUUGGUGGUGGGUCAGGAAUCCCCACAAUAGUUCCUCUUGGAGCAAAAAUCGCUGGCACCACGAUACACACGAACCCAAUCAGUUUACCCACAUCUAAUGCAUUACAAGCUCAGUCCCACAUGAGCCAAGGACACCAGACUACCCCGAUGAGCUCUAGUAAGACACCUGUAAACCCUACUGCAAACUUAGUGACUUCGAAUGCGCCAGCUAUUUCUGGGCCUUUACCAGGCACGACAGUCUCCAAUGUUUUGCAGGGUGCGCAACAGUCCCCAUCAAACCCUAUUUUAAGAGAAUCUAGUAAUUUGUCAGCACCCCAACCUUCAAAAGUCCUUCCGUCGCCAGUUACCAGGGCCAAUCCUGCCCAAAGUGUGGCCCCCAUAAUACAUGUGUCCAAUGUGACUAACCCCUCAGAUGCCCAUGGGUCAGCUAGCAGUGUAGCAUCAAUUAGUAGUAUACCCAUGACAGUACAAAGUACCCAACAAAUGCACAUGGCAGGUGCAGCCGGCUCCCAGGCCACUACUGCUCACCCGCAGUGCCCUUUGGCCGUCAAUAGCCACAUGCCACCCGGAGCGGUCACCCCAGUGAUGACCCACCAAUCUCUGGACUCUAAAUCCGAGAAAAGCGGUCCGGUAUUGGGCCACGAUGUGGUCAAAACAAGUGGUGAGCAUGUGAAUGUACGUCCAGAAAAUAUCCAAUUGAAUGAGGUCCUUGACAAUGAUAGACUAUUUGAUACCUCAAUGCAAGCCGCGGCUUCUCUGUCGCUCACCCCCCUCACAUCUGCUGUGAGUGAGAUGGGGACCCCAGCAAAAGAAGGGAAAGAAGACAGGUAG